CGUCUACACUACUGGUACUUGUAUCUAUGGCCGUGCCUGGCUCCACAUACGUUGUAGGCGGCAUAGUGGUAAACGUGUAUGAGGAACCCCUCGUCCGUUCGGAUGUAUCGCCUAUUGUUCUCUUCUUCCUUCAUGGGCGACUAGGGUCUGCUGUAGGGCUUGAGCCUCAUGUACAAACGCUCUUCCAGGAGCUGCACCAUCUGCGUGAAACUAACGCCAACUUACACCCUCUGAUCAUCGUGACAUUUGAUCAACGCAAUCACGGAACAAGAUUGGCUGACCCCAAAGCGAACGAGGCGUGGAACAAGAAAGACCUGGAGAGCCAUAACGAGCGCCAUGCGAUCGAUAUGUAUAGCAUCCAAACGGGUACAGCGAGAGAUGUUACCUUUCUGAUUGACUUCCUGCCGGCAUAUAUCUUCCCUCGUGAGGAAAGGACCAUCGCCGACUGGGCCGUAGCAGGUAUCAGCUUCGGUGGACAUUCUACAUGGAUUGCUCUGAAAUCAGACAAGCGAAUCUCGACUGGGAUACCCAUCAUCGGAUGUCCUGACUAUAUUGCUCUGAUGUCUGACCGGGCGCAAAAGUCAUCGGUGCCAUUCGAACCGCCCUAUGCGCCAGAGAGUUUCUUGCAGUUCGUCCGCAAGAAUGACCCUGUCUCGACGCCAUACUAUUCCGCGGACGAAUCGAACCCUUACUUCGGGAAGAAAGUGCUCGUGCUGUCCGGCGCCCAGGACAAGUUGGUGCCUUGGAAGGCUUCGCAAAGUUUCGUAGAUAAACUGGAUGUAGGACCCCAGGGGAAGAAGGAGGUUAUGGUCCAGGAAGGAGCUGGGCACGAGUGUACAGAGGCCAUGCUCAAACGCGCAGCAGGGUUUCUGGCGGAAAACGUACUUCAAGCGUAG